AUGAUUCCAAAGCUAAGCAGUGACAAGAAGGCUCUAUCGCAGUUCAUCGCGCAAGCUCGAUUGGUCGAUCAACUGAGGAAAGAAUUUAUAGAGUUGAUGGAUGACGUCAAUCUUCUGAACUUGGAGUUGGACCCGGAGUAUAACGUGAACUACAGCGCAAUGAACGCGUUUGAAGAUCUCUACUGCAGAAACGAGUCCAAGUCCUCACCUAAGGAUGAUAGUGAAGCUAGCACAAGUUCAUCUGUGACGGACAACGGUGCCUCCGUAUGUACUCAUUCGGCAUUGAGACAGACUAAAUCACCCUUGACGGAAAUUCUCGCCACUGCUAAGGUGCUAGCUAGUGGGCGUAACGGCAAGGACAAGGUUUUGAGAUGUCUGCUGGAUCCAGGAUCACAGAAACAUUACGUUACAUUGAAGUGCUGCAAGAAUUUAGGUCUUCCUGUACACAGCAGCCCCGUGACUUCAAUAAAUGGAUUAGGGGGAACAACGAUAACACAACCCAUUCGAGGAACUGUCAACUUAACAUUUAGGUCAAGAUAUGAUCCUAAAUCUCAAUAUACUAUCGAAGCGCUUGUAUUAGAUGAGAUCACGCCUGAUUUACCGACCUGUCAUAUUGAUCAAUCUUCAUCUGAUCUGUUUGAUAAUUUACAUCUAGCAGAUGAUUCCUGGGCGAUCCCAGGAGAAAUUGACGUACUUCUUGGUGUUAAGUUAUUCACCAAAUUGUUAAUGUCGGAUAAAAUUGAGAACCAACCUGGUUUGCCUGACGCUUUAGAAACUACACUGGGGUACAUCAUAUUAGGUGAUGCUCCCGCAGUAAAUGCUUCCUACUCAGCAGCUGGGUAUUUUACUUCGGUUGAAGUGGGAAAUUUGAUGCAAAAAUUUUGGGAAAUUGAAGAUUUAGAUGGAGUCAUUCAUAGUCCUGCCGACAAACAAGCUGAAGACAUAUUCAAAAAUACAGUGAAUCGUUUGGAAGACGGGCGGUACGAAGUUGCACUUCCAUUUAAAUUGGAACCAAACAAUUUAGGCAAUUCUUACAAGACUGCUGAACGCAGAUUUUUAGCACUUGAAAGAAAAUUCCUCAAACAACCUGAGUUAAAGCCAGCUUAUGAUGAAGUUAUCCGUGAACAUAUUGAUAAAAAAUACUUAUCUGAGGUUCCGAAUGAUAAGUCAAAUGAUGCUUAUCACAUACCCCAUCACGCAAUUGUCAAAAGUGACAGAACAACCACAAAGGUGAGAAUUGUGCUGGACGCUAGUGCACAGACCACAAGCGGCUUAUCAUUAAAUGACAUACUUCACGCAGGACCAAGUCUACAGGCUGACUUGUUCUGCAUUCUCCUAAACUUGCGAUUAUUUGCUAUUGCCAUCACGUCUGAUGUACGUCAAAUGUAUCUGUGUAUUGACGUACGGGGGGAGGAUCGUCCUUAUCAGCGUAUCCUUUAUAGGUUUAGUCCUGAAGAAACUAUAAGGGUGUUUCAAUAUAACAGGGUAGCUUUCGGUCUACGUAGCAGUCCUUUUCUGGCACUGCGAACUGUCAAACAGUUGGUAGCUGAUGAAGGUGAUAAAUACCCACUCGCAAAAGAAAUCGCAUCUCGUGAUAUUUAUAUGGAUGAUGUAGCCAGUUCAGUUAUUGAUGAAGACCAGGCUGUACAAGCGACUAAACAACUGCUGGAUUUGUUCUUGAAAGGCGGAUUCCAAUUAGCAAAAUGGUCGUCUAAUUCUGCAGCUGUUCUGAAAGAAAUACCAAAGGAACUACAUCUGUCCCAAAGUGUCACCUUCGACGAUGAUACAACGUUGAAGAUUUUAGGUCUUCGUUGGUAUCCUGGUGAAGAUGUAUUCAAGUUCCAGCUGCUGCAUAAUGAUUUUUGCUUCUACUAUACAUGGAGCGACCAGACCAAGUGGAUCGAACACCUGUGA